CAUCUGGUAAGAGUCCCGUCCAUAUUAAUAGCCUCCGUUUAAAUGUAUGUUAUCAAACGAGGCAGCUCCUGAUCGGCCAAGAGACUGUGAACUGUUACCUAAGCGGCUGCUGGUGACUUGGGGCUGCUAAUCAUGGCUUUCCACAGGCACACAGGGCCUGGCAGUUACACUGUAGGCACCAUGUCGGAGCGCUUUGACUGCCACUACUGCCGUGACCCGCUCCAAGGGAAGAAGUACGUGCAGAAAGAGGGCCGCCACUGCUGCGUCAAGUGCUUCGAGAAGAUCUGUGCCAACACCUGCAUCGAGUGCAAGAAACCCAUCGGAGCUGACUCCAAGGAGCUGCAUUUCAAGAACCGUUAUUGGCAUGACACCUGCUUCCGCUGCUUCAAGUGCUACGCAUCCUUGGUCAAUGAGCCCUUCAUGCUAAGGGAGAACAACAAGGUUUGGUGUAGCAACUGCACUGCCAAGGAGGAUGCGCCCAGGUGUAAGGGCUGCUUCAAGCCUAUUAUUGCAGGAGACCAAAAUGUUGAGUACAAGAAGAUGGUCUGGCACAAGGACUGUUUCACUUGCAGCCAGUGCAAGCAAGUGAUUGGAUCUGGGAGCUUCUUCCCCAAGGGUGAUGACUUCUACUGUGUCUCCUGCCAUGAGCAUAAGUUCGCCAAGACCUGUGCUAAAUGCAAGAAUCCCAUCACUUCUGGAGGCCUCACUUACCAGGAACAGCCUUGGCAUUCAGAGUGUUUCAUUUGCUCCAACUGCAAGAAGCCACUGGGUGGGAAGCGAUUCACGGCUGUAGAGGAAGAGUUUUACUGUGUGGAAUGCUACAAGGAGUGUGUUGCCAAGAAGUGCGCUGGCUGCAAGAAUCCUAUUACAGCAGGAUUUGGAAGAGGAACCAGUGUGGUUAACUACGAAGAUGAAUCCUGGCACGAUUAUUGUUUCAAAUGCACAAAGUGUGCCCGUGGUCUGGCCAACAAGCGCUUUGUUUGCCAUAAUGGAAAAAUUUACUGUGCUGAGUGUCCCAAACGACUGUAAGGAGCAGACAGAAACUGCCAUAAAAUGGAUUUUAGAGCCCUGCUUUCCAAAACAGUGCUGGUAAAGGAGCAGGUUUUUGCAUGUUAAGAAUUACAACUUUUUCCAUUUUAGUAUAAAGUAGCCUCAGUAUGCUGGGUUUGACUUUUGAAGCUCCUGCAGUACAAAAGCAUGUAGUGUUGCAAAAAUCUAACUUUGCUUCCAAGUAGCUCUUAGUAUAAAGGCUUGAAAUGCCGUUAGGUUUAGAGGUCCACAUACUCUGUUAUCUGUGUGUGGCUUAAACUAAAACAAAGCUAGUUUUAAACUUAUUUGGUAUACGUUUAAGCUUGGCACUUAAAUGAAGUGGGUUUGAGAAGGCAUGCACCUCAAACAGAGAUGCAAAGAUUGCACCCAGGAUGAGAGAUCCAUUAUUAUUCAAGUACAUUACAUACAUCACACCAGUAACAGCAGCUCAAUAAUAUAUACCUUAGCUUACUCUACCACACCAAAUUGCAGCACAUGUACGGAAUGGCUUCAUCUUACCUAUAACAAUGUUUUGGCAGUACCAUUUAGCUUUAGUUAAGUUUCCGUAAACUUGUUUUAGUCCUGACUUCUGCAUGGUUUGCCCAAAAGUUUUGCUCAUCAGCUUUUUUUACAUCAUUGUUUAAAUGAGGCUGACUAUAUACAAUUAUUAAUGCAUUAACAAGGAAAUCUUUCACCUACGACAAAAUGCACGUGCAUUUAGAAGUGCCUUAAAAAUAGCUCAGGCAACAACAGCUCUCCUAUCAUGUCAGUGUAUGGUUUAUGAUUUAAUAAAAAUGAGACUAGUGCCUGCCUAGUGUC